CAAAGCCCUGGCUGGGAUGAUUUAGUUGGGGAUUGGUCCUGCUUUGAGCAGGAGGUUGGACUAGACGACCUCCCGAGGUCCCUUCCAACCCUGAUAUUCUAUGAUCCCCCAGCCUCCGUAGGGAGCCCUGGUCCGGUGCUUACCUGUGUGCCAUAUCCCUGUAUAAUUCUCCGUAGAACAGGAAACUGAUUAGGGACUUGUGUUCCCAGUAUCCAGCAGCAAUAGUCUUGGAGUACGUCUGGGCCCGAGUCUGGUCUCUCUUUUGCACACAACUGUAUAACUCUUUGAUUAAUGGAAUUAUUUCUGAUUCACAGUGAUGUAAGUGUGACCAGAUUCACACACUGCUUCCUGAUCCCAGCACCACAGAAAUAUUGUGUCCCAUUCGAAAAGCAUGCAACUGAAGCCAUGAGUACAAAUAAACAGUGGGAUGUUAACAAAGCGCUGGCUGUUGCCAGCCUCUUCCAUUUUCUUUACAGUGCAGGAAACGCCUGUGUCAUUCCAUUUUUAACUCUUUACUUCCGGCAGCUGGGGUUGACAGCCCCUUUAGUAGGUAUUAUCAUAGGAAUUAAGCACUUGAUAUCAUCUCUCUGGGCUCCACUAUGCUCCUACUUUGCAAAGAGCCACAGUAAAAGGAAAGUUCUCAUUACUGGAUCAUUGCUGUGUUCAGUGGGAACUGGUUUGCUGCUUACACUUGUCCCACCCUUGAGCAAGGAUGUCAUGUACAAAUAUUGUAAUAUAAGCCAGCAAUCAAGUAGCUUAUUGAAUGCAAUAGAGGUGCCUGACAUGAGUCUGAACAAUCUGAGUGCUGUAAAUCCCAAUACUGUUACCAAUAAAGAAAUGGUAUCUGCAGAAACACUAAGAACAGCUACAAAUGUUUUGGUGAUGAGUGGAAAGCCACCGCUAACAAGUUCAGCUUUCCAAGAAUUGUUUACCUUUAUGGAUGCACAAAAGAAGAAUGGUGAAAGAACUGGUGAAGUGGGCACAACUGCAGACCAUUACCAUAAUAGGCCUUCUGGCAAGAUAGCUUCUAUGAAUGCAAUUAACCAGAUGAUACAAGAACUUGAGACACUCGCUUCAAAUGAAACACAAAUCCGUAGGCUUGAGAAGGAAACCAAAACUCCAGAGGUUGAGCUGCUGAAUGUGAAUGGUAACCCUGAGAAAAACCUUUCUGUUGGUGGAAGUACUGAAUUUUCUUUAUUUCAAACAAACCCUCACCCUGCUGGUCGAGCUUCUUAUGUUUUUGAGAAUCUGUCGAGUCACUCUGAGAAAGUUCGGGAUGUCAACUUUGAGCUCCUACAAGAUAUUAGCUUUCUUGACCGUGAGCACCAGAUUUUUCUCAUGGUGCUAGGUGCUGUUGUGUUUUGGGAGCUGUUGGCUGCUCCUCUCGAAUGGAUGGUUGAUGACAGUCUUUAUGAAUAUCUUGACUUUGUUGACGCAACUGACAGAUAUGGGAAGCUUUGGGUUUGGAGUUAUUUGGGUGCAUCUGGAGGAGCCUGCAGUAUCACCAUAUUUGUGGAUCAGCUGAACUGCUUCCUCAGUGCUAAAAUCUCUCGUCUCUCUGUGCACUUCUAUGGCUAUGCUGUACUGAUCACACUCACAUUGCUCAUCAGUGUCUUUCUCCCUAUCCAUGUUUCCAAGAAAACAGAGCAUGUGAACAAAACUGUCAAAGCUCUGAACCUCAUUGGAAGUGAUGGCCGAACAAUUCUCUCUGCUGUCACCGUCUUCCUUACAGGAGUCAUUGGAUCUACUGUGCAGAAUUUUCUCUUCUGGCAAAUGCAGGACCGAGGCAGUAGUGAAUUAUACAUGGGUCUCUCGGUGGCUAUUGGACUGAUUGCCGAAAUUCUGCUUUAUAUCUUCAAAAGCAAGUUACUAAGGGCUCUCUCAAGUAGUGGUACUGUUGCAUUGAGUUUAAGCUGCCUUUCAGCACAGCUUCUGUACUAUUCGUUCCUGUGGAAUGCGUGGUCAGUACUGCCUAUUCAGAUGCUGUGUGCCUUCAGCAACGGUGCCUUAUGGUGGGCAGUUAAUAUGUUGGUUGACGAUGUAGCCAGUCCUGGGACGGAGAGAGCUCUGCACAUUGUCCUCCAGGGCCUCUCAUAUGGUUGUGGAGCUACCGUGGGAAGCUUUGCAGGGGGAUUUGUUGUGAGCAACUUUGGCUUGGCAGUUCUGUACAGGGCAUGCUCUAUAAGUUUGGCACUGUGGUUAAUCUUGUUCCUGAUUGUCCAGUCUAAGUUGCCUCGGCAGAAAAAAAUUAAUUAUUCUCGUCUCCUGGCUGCAGAUCCUAGUGAUGAGAGUGACUCAGACGAGGAGAAGGAAAGGGACUGGCUAGUGAAAGCUAUGAAAGAUGAGAACUUCAAUAGGAAUUGGUAACAUAAUCACAUUUGAUCAGCUAAUCUGCAGUAGAACAGAUUCAGAGUGUAAAGGUGAAAUUAUUAGGCAAGAGGGAAGGAAAUGCCCAGGAAUGACUAAUAAUUCCUAAGUGGUGGAAUAUACAGUGUACAUAUUUGCUUGGAAAGCCAUGUAUAAAAACUAUGUUUUAUAAAUCUUUUAUUUUCUUAAGAUUAAUUUAUAGUAAAUAUUUGUAGCAUUUUUUAACUUAAUCAUUAUGUUUCCCAAAUCCAAGUGGAAGGCCUUUUGAGAUAUGCAUUUGCUAAAAUAAAUAGAUCUCCUAAGUCCCAGGACACUGCUGUAACCACAGUGCUAUCCUUCCUCUACCUGGACUCUGUGCAGACUGCAUCUCCAUAUUAAGGGUAGAGAUGGAUAGAGCCCCAUCUUUUAUAUCUUUCAAAAGAUAGCUGCUACCUGCUUUAUUUUGUGCAAAUUAAACAUGGCACUUUUUACACCCCUUUGAUUGGGGUCAGUUUGGGCAACGUGUGUUUUUAAAGUACGUUAUUCAGUGCCUUUGGACAGGAAUAUAUCUGCAGUUCUCAGGGGCUGGUAAAUGAGUAACUUUAAAGAACCCCUGAGAUUUGUCCAAUUAUAAUCUCAAAAGCAUGCAAAUGCCAGCAUAGUUUUCUUCAUAGGCACCUACAAAAUAAAAAUGAUUUGGCUGACCUCACCAAAAUGUCCAUAUUAGACUUCAUUAAAAAUGGGCCAUGAGUCUUUUUGCCCUUCAGGCUAAGGUUGAGUGUAGUGCCAGUGUAGUAGUUAUCUUGUCUUUCAAAAGUUUACAUUCUUCCUUUGCAGACGGAUGAGGUUUAAUACUUAGUGGGUGUUUAGAUAUAGUUUGCUAGUUCACGCUUAAAGUUUUACAAACCAUGAGAGUGGUAGCUGCAAGCAAACUAAAUAUUUUGGCACAUUUAACAUGCAAUAGAAGCAGGGCUCAUAAAAGAGCUGUAAAUAAAAUAAUAUGCACUUGGCUUAAUUAAUGUUUGACCUAACACCUUCCUAAUUCAGUAGGAAGUGGUACAGAAGUGAUCAGCAAGAAAAGGGGAUACCAUUGAGUGGUAUUUUGUUGCUAGUUACACAUCAAUAACUACUGAUCUGUAUGUCAGUCAUUUCAACCCAACAAGCUGCCUUCAACUUGCUGGCACAAAUCCACUUUGCCUUGCAGCAUACUCUACUAGAAAUGCUUUAUAUAGAGAAUUGUCUUAGUGCCAAGAAUAGCUACAAAACUUACGUUAUCUUGUCCAUCAGAAGGAAAAAAAAAUGUUACUAUCUUAUAGGAAUUCAAACCAAACAAGCUGGGAACAAUUUUAGUGUCAAAAUAGUUUGCAUCUCAGCCCUAUUAUUGCGUGAUACCUCAUCAGCAAGUGGUGGUCAGUAGUACUUAGCACUAAUUACCUUUUAACUUUUAAAAAAAAGUAUCUGACAGCAGCCAUAAGUAAAAUAAAGAAAUUGUGAGUACAGUAUUUAAAGGGACAGCAUCUGUUAGACACUCUGAUACACGGGGAUGUUUAGAUAAGUAGAGAGAACUUAAAUUUGGCCCAAAAUUUAGUAAAAACAGGCUUUUGUAAAACCUCAGACCAAUGGAAAUGUACAUUUUUAAAGUCCAGUGAAAACAGUUUUUUUUAAUCAGAAACAAUCGCCUUCAGUGGUUGAAACUCUAGAUUUUACAGCACAAAAAAUCUGGAAGUGAAGCUGACUCAGGGCUCGUCUACAACAGACAUUAACUACGUCUGUUUCUACUUAAAUCUGUGCAACACCUUUGUGUAGACACUUCCCGUCCCUUUCUCUGCUUGAGGCUGUGUCUAUCUCUCCAGUACUCCCUGCCCCAGCAAUGAACAGUGAGGGCAGUGUGCAGAAUAAUAGGUGAUUCUCCUGCCCUUCAGAGGCUCAACUUGCUGGUUCGACAGCAUCCCCAGGCCCUUCCACCCACCAAAGCAAGGGACAAAAUUUAAUUGUCCUUGACAUUCACUUAACACCUUUUAGUUGGUUUUUUUUAGCUGUAAUUCCAUUUGCUUUAGUUGGCUUCUGUCAUAUCCCUAGCAUUCUUUGAACCACUAUGAACCUUGUCAAGGCUUUUAAUGAUAUUAGGACUCAAAAAACAACAACCCCAUGUCAACUAAACUGCCAUCGUGUAGAGUACGUAUUCACUCUCGUAAAAUAAGUGACGAAUGGGUACGCUUGGUGGAUUUAGAAAUACACCCGCAUCAACAACAUGUACUUAGAUCACUACUAAUAGCCCAAAAUUAUUAUUGAAAUUCCUGUUUGGAUGUUUUCCUGUUUCACUAUCAUUUAUUGUUAUUAAUAGGAGUGUCAUAUGUAAGAUAUGGGAGCUAACUGUCAUGCUCUACUUGGCACUGGAGAGGCCAAGUCCAGUACUAUGUCCAGUUCAGGGCACCACACUUUAAGAAAGAUGUGGACAAAUUAGAGAGAGUCCAGAGGAGAGCAACAAAAAUUAUAAAAGCUUUAGAAAACCUGACGUAUGGGGAAAGGCUAAAAAAACUGGAUGUGUUUAGUCUUGAGAAAAGAAGACUUGGGGGCGGUCGCUGGGGGGACCUGAUAAGUCUUCAAAUAUGUAAAAGGUUGUUAAAAGAGGAUGGUGAACAAUUGUUCUCCAUGGCAACUGAAGGUAGGACAGGAAGUAAUGAGCCUAAUCUGCAGUAAGGGAGAUUUAGGUUAGAUAUUAAGAAAAAAAUUCGAACAGUAAGCAUAGUUAAGUUCUGGAAUAGUCUUCCAAGGGAGAUUAUGGAAUCCUUGUUUUUUGAGGUUUCAAGAGCAGAUUAGAUUGAUUUUGGUAGGCAAGGCCUCAGUCACUAAAAUCAGCAAAUUGGUUGUGUAAGAAGGUGUCAACAUAGUCACUUUGCUGACUAUAACUAAUCUUUAAACUCUGCAGAACAUUACACAACUCUGAUUCAAAUAGCCAGAAUUUGAAUAACUGGUUGCAUCAUCUUAUGUUUUGAUUUUUAUCACUGAAACCUAAGAAAAUUACCUUCUUCACCAUUCUAAGUUCUAGCUUUUUCAUCUGUGUCCUAUACAAACCUUGUAACCAGAGCUGUGUGCAGCAGGGUGGCUUCAUUUCACAGUGUGACGCUGAAACUUUUCCUUUAGUUUCUAUUCAUGUGUGGUUCACAUUUUCUGAGAUUUCCUUAAAGUUGCACGUUCCAACAGAACUACAAUCUCAAAGCAAAACUCAGGUGAAAUUGUAAAUUUUUCAGGCUUUUGAUUCAGAAUUGUAAGAAUUGUCCUGGGUGCUCCAAAAUGAUUCAGUGGACUCAGGAAACCUUUCCACAAAGCUUUUUUCACUUGAGUUUGUAAUGAAAUAUAAAGCCAGGUGAGUUUCUAGAAAGGAUUUCAGGUUUUGUAAUGAACACUUGCCCCAGCUCUGCUUGUAACAAAUAGAUCUCUUCUAGUCCAUUACCUUAGGGUGGCUCCAGUUAGCUGUAACUUCACAAAAAUGUCAGAUAUUUUCAGCAAUGUUCUAUUACAAAUAGGAAUAUUUGCAUGUUCCAAAACUUAAAAUCUGGAGCUCUCCUGAAUCUGCCCUCUUUUAUCAUGGAAUAUGCUGCCUUUCAGCACUAAGACUUUCCAUAUUACUUUACCAGUAAAAAUGCUGCUCAUUCUUUUUGCCUUUCUCUGAAAUAUACGCUGUUCUGAGGGCUGUGUGAAUGGUGUGCUCCAAAUCAGAUUUAAGCUCUUGGAAGAGUGAAAUAAGAUUGGAACUCGAUAUUGAAUUGCUAAUGUUGCAAAUUCUCCAGAUGGUACCUUCUGUAGACUUUAUAAUUGAAGAUACCUUGUACACACUUCGAGAUAUUAAGCAAGUAUUGACUCUUGAAUAGGUGAACAUAUAGGGAACUAACCCAAGAGAUAAAUAUUGACUGAGACAGAUAUCAAUAUUUACCCUGAGAAUUCUUGGAGCUUAUUAAACAUGAAGUCGGCAUACAGUAUAUAUUGCUACAUUCAUUCAAAAAGACAUAUUUUUAAAGACCCAGUUUCUACUUGUUCAGGGGCAGAGACUAAGUCUUCCUAUGUGUGUGUGUACAUUGCAUAGCUUAACUGGCCUCAAUCCUCAUUGGGACCUCUGGGCACUACUGUAAUACAAAUACUGUUACUGUGCCCAAAGUCAAUGAUGCAUACAAAUUAGGUAAAGAAAUGCCUAAAAUGCUAGUAGUUUGUGACCCAAAAAUAGAGGCUAGAUUGAGGCACCUUUACAAAUUUAAUCUUAAUGGCUUCAUUUGUAAUAUUUAGAAAUUUUUCUGCUAUGGCUAUGGAUUUCUAGUAUAACAGUUUGCUUUCUUCAUUUAUUCUAACUUCCUUCUUCUAGGGUUUCUAUAGUGACGAUCACUCUAGUAUCUAAAACUACUCCCUCCCAGUCUAACGGGGAGAUAAUGUUAGAUGGCUAGUGAAAAAGUAUAGUCCUGUGAUCCAGCCAGCCAGGUAACAGAACUUUGUGUAUGUGGUUUGAUUGGACAUAGAAUGAAUUCA